CCGGCGCGUCGGGAGCGGGCCGCGCGGCACCAUGUCGGCCAAGGUGCGGCUCAAGAAGCUGGAGCAGCUGCUCCUGGACGGGCCCUGGCGCAACGAGAGCGCCCUGAGCGUGGAGACGCUGCUCGACGUGCUCGUCUGCCUGUACACCGAGUGCAGCCACUCGGCCCUGCGCCGCGACAAGUAUGUGGCCGAGUUCCUCGAGUGGGCUAAACCAUUUACACAGCUGGUGAAGGAAAUGCAGCUUCAUCGAGAAGACUUUGAAAUAAUUAAAGUAAUUGGAAGAGGCGCUUUUGGUGAGGUUGCUGUUGUCAAAAUGAAGAACACUGAACGGAUUUAUGCAAUGAAAAUCCUCAACAAGUGGGAGAUGCUUAAAAGGGCAGAGACUGCUUGUUUCCGAGAAGAGCGUGACGUGCUGGUGAACGGUGACUGUCAGUGGAUCACCACGCUGCACUACGCUUUUCAAGAUGAAAACUAUCUGUAUUUAGUCAUGGAUUACUACGUGGGUGGUGAUUUACUGACUCUGCUCAGUAAGUUUGAAGACAAGCUUCCAGAAGAUAUGGCAAGAUUCUACGUUGGUGAGAUGGUGCUGGCCAUUGACUCCAUCCAUCAGCUUCACUACGUGCAUAGAGACAUUAAACCUGACAAUGUCCUUUUGGACAUGAAUGGUCAUAUCCGCCUGGCCGACUUUGGAUCAUGUUUGAAGAUGAAUGAUGAUGGAACUGUUCAGUCUUCUGUGGCUGUGGGCACACCUGACUACAUCUCACCUGAGAUUCUGCAGGCAAUGGAGGAUGGCAUGGGCAAGUACGGGCCUGAGUGCGAUUGGUGGUCCCUGGGUGUCUGCAUGUACGAGAUGCUUUAUGGAGAAACGCCAUUUUAUGCAGAGUCACUCGUGGAGACCUAUGGGAAGAUCAUGAACCAUGAAGAGCGAUUUCAGUUCCCUUCCCAUGUCACGGAUGUAUCUGAAGAAGCAAAAGACCUCAUUCAGAGAUUGAUCUGCAGCAGAGAGCGCCGGCUAGGGCAGAAUGGAAUAGAGGACUUCAAAAAGCACGCAUUUUUUGAAGGUCUAAAUUGGGAAAAUAUACGAAAUCUAGAAGCACCUUAUAUUCCCGACGUGAGCAGUCCUUCGGACACAUCCAACUUUGAUGUGGAUGAUGAUGUGCUAAGAAAUACUGAUAUACUGCCUCCUGCUUCUCACACAGGCUUUUCUGGAUUACAUCUGCCCUUCAUUGGCUUCACAUUUACAACAGAAAGCUGUUUUUCUGAUCGAGGCUCUCUGAAAAGCAUAAUGCAGUCUAAUACCUUAACCAAAGAUGAGGAUGUGCAGCGGGAUUUAGAAAACAGCUUGCAGAUUGAAGCUUAUGAAAGGAGGAUACGAAGACUAGAGCAAGAGAAGCUGGAGCUGAGCAGGAAGCUGCAAGAGUCCACCCAGACUGUGCAGUCCCUUCACGGUUCAACGCGGGCCCUGGGCAAUUCAAACCGAGAUAAAGAAAUCAAAAAGCUAAAUGAAGAAAUUGAACGUUUAAAGAAUAAAAUAGCAGAUUCAAAUAGGCUCGAGCGACAACUUGAAGAUACAGUGGCACUUCGCCAGGAGCACGAGGACUCCACGCAUCGGCUGAAGGGACUGGAGAAGCAGUACCGCAUGGUGCGGCAGGAGAAGGAGGAUCUGCACAAGCAAUUGGUUGAGGCUUCAGAGCGAUUGAAAUCCCAGGCAAAAGAACUCAGAGAUGCCCAGCAGCAGCGGAAGCUGGCCCUGCAAGAGUUCUCAGAGCUCAACGAGCGCAUGGCGGAGCUCCGCUCCCAGAAGCAGAAGUUGUCCCGGCAGCUCCGGGACAAAGAAGAGGAGAUGGAGGUGGCCAUGCAGAAAAUUGACUCGAUGCGGCAGGAAAUCCGCAAAUCAGAGAAGUUUAGGAAAGAGCUGGAAGCUCAGCUCAAGGAUGCUGUCGCUGAGGCCUCAAAAGAGCGCAAGCUUCGCGAGCACAGCGAGAACUUCUCCAAGCAAAUAGAAAGUGAGCUUGAGGCCCUCAAGACAAAGCAAGGAGGCCGGGGACCAAGCGCCACUUUAGAACAUCAGCAAGAGAUUUCUAAAAUAAAAUCAGAGCUGGAGAAGAAAGUCUUGUUUUAUGAAGAGGAAUUGGUCAGGCGUGAGGCCUCCCAUGUGCUGGAAGUGAAAAACGUGAAAAAGGAGGUGCAUGACUCAGAAAGCCACCAACUGGCCCUGCAGAAAGAAAUCUUAAUGUUAAAAGAUAAAUUAGAAAAGUCAAAACGAGAACGGCAUAACGAGAUGGAGGAGGCAGUGGGUACAAUAAAAGAUAAAUACGAACGAGAAAGAGCGAUGCUCUUUGAUGAAAACAAGAAAUUAACUGCUGAAAACGAAAAGCUUUGUUCCUUUGUGGAUAAACUCACAGCUCAAAAUAGACAGCUGGAGGAUGAGCUGCAGGACCUGGCAGCCAAGAAGGAAUCAGUUGCCCACUGGGAAGCUCAGAUUGCAGAAAUCAUCCAGUGGGUCAGUGAUGAGAAAGAUGCCCGGGGUUACCUUCAAGCUCUUGCUUCUAAGAUGACCGAAGAGCUCGAAACUUUGAGGAGUUCUAGUCUGGGAUCAAGAACACUGGAUCCACUUUGGAAAGUUCGCCGUAGUCAGAAGCUGGACAUGUCUGCCCGGCUGGAAUUGCAGUCUGCUCUCGAGGCGGAGAUCCGCGCCAAGCAGCUUGUUCAAGAGGAGCUGAGGACUGUCAAAGACACGAACCUCUCCUUUGAAAGUAAACUAAAGGAUUCUGAAGCCAAAAACAGAGAAUUAUUAGAAGAAAUGGAAAUUUUGAAGAAAAAAUUGGAAGAAAAAUUUAGAGCAGAUACCGGGCUCAAACUUCCAGAUUUUCAGGAUUCUAUUUUUGACUAUUUCAAUGCUGCACCUCUUGCACAUGAUCUGACAUUUAGAGCUAGCUCAACUAGUGAGCAAGAAACACACACUCCAAAGCUAGAAGUGUCCCCAUCAACUUCUGUGGCUGCAAGCACGGAACAGCAGGAGGACAUGGCUCGGCCCUCGCAGAGGUCACCUGCUGUGCCGUCAUCCACGACACAGGCCCUUGCUCUGGCUGGACCCAAGCCAAAAGCUCACCAGUUCAGCAUCAAGUCCUUCUCCAGCCCCACGCAAUGCAGCCACUGUACCUCCCUGAUGGUUGGGCUGAUCCGGCAGGGCUACGCCUGCGAGGUGUGCGCCUUUGCUUGCCACGUGUCCUGCAAAGACAGUGCUCCGCAGGUGUGCCCAAUACCUCCUGAGCAGUCCAAGAGACCUCUGGGUGUGGACGUGCAGAGAGGCAUAGGGACAGCCUACAAAGGUUACGUCAAGGUCCCAAAGCCCACCGGGGUGAAGAAGGGAUGGCAGCGUGCAUACGCAGUGGUCUGCGACUGUAAGCUCUUUCUGUACGAUCUUCCUGAAGGAAAAUCCACCCAGCCCGGCGUCGUCGCCAGCCAGGUCUUAGAUCUCAGAGAUGAAGAAUUUUCGGUGAGCUCAGUCCUGGCCUCAGAUGUCAUACAUGCUACACGCCGGGACAUUCCAUGUAUAUUCAGGGUGACGGCCUCUCUCUUAGGUGUACCUUCUAAGACCAGCUCACUACUCAUUCUGACAGAAAAUGAGAACGAAAAGAGGAAGUGGGUUGGGAUUCUAGAAGGACUGCAGGCCAUCCUCCAUAAGAACCGCCUGAAGAACCAGGUCGUGCAUGUUCCGCAGGAGGCCUACGACAGCACACUGCCCCUCAUCAAGGCCGUCCUGACGGCUGCCAUCGUGGAUGGAGACAGGAUUGCAGUGGGCUUAGAAGAAGGCCUCUAUGUGAUAGAAGUCACCCGAGAUGUGAUCGUCCGCGCUGCUGACUGUAAGAAAGUGUACCAGAUUGAGCUUGCUCCCAAAGAGAAAAUCAUAGUCCUCCUCUGCGGCCGGAACCACCACGUCCAUCUCUACCCCUGGUCUUCCUUCGAUGGAGCUGAAGGGAACUUUGAUAUCAAGCUCCCGGAAACAAAAGGCUGCCACCUCAUAGCGACUGCGAUGCUGAAGAAGAGCUCUUCCACCUGCCUGUUUGUAGCCGUGAAGCGGCUGAUCCUUUGCUAUGAGAUCCAGAGAACUAAACCUUUCCACAGAAAGUUCAGUGAGAUUGUGGCUCCUGGCAGCGUGCAAUGGAUGGCCGUGUUCAAAGACAAGCUCUGUGUUGGCUACCCUUCUGGGUUCUCUCUGUUGAGCAUCCAGGGAGAUGGGCAGUCCCUAAACCUGGUAAAUCCCAAUGACCCCUCGCUUACGUUCCUCUCACAACAGUCUUUUGAUGCCCUUUGUGCUGUGGAGCUCAAAAGUGAGGAGUACCUGCUUUGCUUCAGCCACAUGGGACUGUACGUGGACCCACAAGGCCGGAGGUCACGCAUGCAGGAGCUCAUGUGGCCUGCGGCUCCUGUUGCCUGUAGUUGCAGUGCCUCCCACGUCACAGUGUAUAGCGAGUAUGGAGUCGAUGUCUUUGACGUGCACACCAUGGAGUGGGUGCAGACCAUCGGCCUGCGGAGGAUAAGACCUCUAAACUCUGAAGGCAGCCUCAACCUCCUCGGCUGCGAGCCUCCACGCUUGAUCUACUUCAAGAGCAAGUUCUCGGGAGCAGUUCUCAACGUGCCUGACACCUGUGACAACAGCAAGAAGCAGAUGCUUCGAACCAGAAGCAAAAGGCGAUUUGUCUUCAAGGUCCCAGAGGAAGAGAGGUUGCAGCAGCGGAGAGAGAUGCUUAGGGACCCAGAAUUGAGAUCCAAAAUGAUAUCCAACCCGACCAACUUCAACCACGUGGCUCACAUGGGCCCGGGCGACGGCAUGCAGGUGCUCAUGGACCUGCCUCUGAGUGCUGCACCGCCCUCCCAGGAGGAACGGCCUGGCCCUGCCCCCACCAGCCUGUCUCGGCCGCCUCCAUCCAGGAGCAAGCCCUACAUCUCAUGGCCCUCGUCAGGUGUAUCAGAACCCGGAGUGACUAUGCCUCUGAGAAGUAUGUCCGAUCCCGACCAGGACUUUGACAAAGAGACAUCCCGGUGCAGUUUUCUGCACUUACGCGUAACGUAUAGUGGCUGCUCUUGUCAUGGGACCUUCUGCAUUGGCCUCCCUCUUCCUCCUCAUCUGCUGGUGGCCACUUGGUGUCAGGGUGGGGUGGCAACAUUCUCAUGCACUCUGAAGCCGCACCACUCCAUGCCUCAGUUUCCCCCAUGUGAAGUGGGGAUGAGGCUACAGAUGAGUGAGCCUGAUUCGGAUUCCACCAAACACUCAACUCCAUCGAACAGCUCCAACCCCAGCGGCCCGCCCAGCCCCAACUCCCCCCAUAGGAGCCAGCUCCCCCUUGAAGGUCUGGAGCAGCCGGCCUGCGACGCCUGAAGCCACCAGCUGCCCACCUUGCCACCGUGGGGCCAGGGAGCUGGGGGUGGCCUCCAACGUCAGUGCCAAGACUGAGCUGACCUUGCAGUGUUGUCCAAGGAAGUGUAGAAUCAAUUUGUAGAUAUGAAGAUGAAGACAAAUCUUUAUUAUUAUAAUCAGUUUUAUGCUGCGAUGUUCAUGGUGGUAGACCAGAUCCGUUCAUCUGCACAGCUGUGAGGCAACACUGUUCCAUUUGCACAUGAAGGACCACCACCCAGCCCCCACCCACUGAGAAGACCCCUUCCACACCAGCUUCCUCAGAAACGGUUAGAGCAGCCUGCAUAGGACACGGACAGCUGGAGACAUGGCCUCAGAAACUAGUCUUUUCCAUGUUUCCUGAAACUGUUGCCUAGGACCUUAGGAGAAUUGUAAGAAGUUGUAUACCAUUCCCAGUGUCACUAGAAUAGUGAAGACAGAGGAAAGUGGAGGUUAGUUUGUGGCCUUUUCAUUCAUUUAGCCAUUGCAUAGUCAGCUGCAGAAGUCUGACCACCGAGUCGUGGACAGAGGCCUGGGACCAGCGUCCCUGUGCAUGAGUCCACUCUGGGCCACAGCCAUGCAUGUCACCAGUAUCUACCACUGUGAAGUCAGCUGGGCUCUUGUUUUCCACUCGCUUCCACGGUUUCUGCCUCCUACCAUAAAACCAGCGAGUGCCGUGGUGCAGGCAGGCCUGCUGGGCUGAGGAGGCCAGAGCCCCGGGAGCCACGCGGCAGGCACUGGGACAGCCCCCACACCCCGUCCCACCCCUGCAUGGAAUCCCCAUGAUUAGUAGCCUUUACCGAUCAUGUAGAAUCAGCCAACACACUCCUGCACACCAGCCCAGCCCACCACGUGGUGAGGCCCCACGCGUGUAUUUAAUCCCACCCUUCCUUGUACCAUAUGCUGAGUGAUCAGGUCUGUGGCUCUGUCUCACUAAAGGCUUGUGACUAACUGUGGCAGCAAACAGGCUGCCGCUGGCGGCCAACCAGUCAACGUGCUUGCGACACUGUUGCACAUGCACUUACCUGAGUCGGCACUGAGUGACCUGGCACCACUGCCCCUGCCCCUCCUGUCACACCCAGCACCUGCCCGCCCCACUACCCUCCUGGGCCUUCUGCUGGGGUCGACACCUGCUGGGGAUUCUGGUUUCUACUUUUUUAAUGUAAGUCUGAGUCUUUGUAAUUAUUGAAUCGUGAGAACAUUUUUGAACAAUUUACCUGUCAAUAAAACAAAAGACGGCAGUUUUAAAGUU